AUGAUCGGCGAAUUGGCGAAGAAGGAGCUGCAGCGUCAUAAGGAAGAGGGAAGCUACAACAGGCACUUCUUUGGUUAUCAGACUCACAUCCUCGGCUAUCAGGCUCGAACCUCGUUCCCUUCUCUGUUCGAUUGCGACUAUGCGUAUGCUGUGGGAAGAGAGGCAGCCGCGCUGAUUCAGAACAAUCUCACCGGAAUUAUAUAUAUAUAUAACGACGUUGCGGAAUCUGAAGGAGGAACCGUCGGAAUGGAUUCCCUAUGCGGUGCCUCUUCAGGUCUUCUGCACCAUGGAGAUUGGAUGGAAUCGAACGUGGAUAUGAACAAUACUCCGUUCCUGAAGUUCGUGGCUCAUCGUGACAGCUGGACAGUGAAGGACGAAACCUGCAACCCGGGAUCGGUCCAGUUCGGAGGCGCUGGAAGCUGGAAGCUGGAACCCGACGCUGUCGCUGCAGAUCGAAAAGCACGACUCUCUGAGGCGAAUCCAGCAGCUUUGUGA